AUGGCCUUGCCCUUGGCUUUCCUGCUGGCCCUGGUGGUGCUCAGCUGCAAGAACACUUGCUCUCUGGGCUGUGACCUGCCUCAGAUACACAACCUGGGUCUUGAAACUUCUGAGGAAAAUGAGGAGGGAGCCCUGACACUCCUGGAAAAAAUGAGGAGAAUUCCCAUUUUCUCCUGCCUGAACUACAGGAAAGACUUUGCCUUCCCCCAGGAGCAGCUGGAGGGUGAGCAGGUGCAGAAGGCUCAAGCUGUUGCUGUCCUCCACCAGAUGACCCAGCAGAUCCUCAACCUCUUCAGCACCCAGAAGGCCUUUGCUGCUUGGGACAAGACCCUCCUGGACACCUUCCUCAGUGGCCUCUAUCAGCUGCUGGAUGACCUGAAAGCCUGUGGGUCCAAGCAGGUGGGGGUGGAAGAGGCUGUGAGGAAAUACUUCCACAGGAUCACCGUCUACCUGAAGGAGAAGAAAUACCUGCCUUGUGCCUGGGAGGUGGUCAGAACAGAAAUCAUGAAAUCCUUCUCUUUAUCAGUGAAUUUGUAUGAAAGACUAAGGAGCAUGGAAUGAGACCUGGUCCAGCAGGGAAAUGCUUCU